GUUUCCUAGAAGUUGCUAACGGUAGAUGCAGAGCAGAAGAAACAGAGGAAGCACGCAGUGUGUGUUGUUGUUGUGGUUCCUCUGAGUUCCGAGUGGACUCAGUUACAGAGCAAUAAUGAGUCAGGAAUCGUUUAUAUAUAGCUUCGUGGCUCGUGGGACGAUGCUGUUAGCAGAGUACACGGAGUUCACUGGAAACUUCCCUGCCAUUGCAGCUCAGUGUCUUCAGAAGCUUCCAUCUUCCAACAACAAGUUCACUUACAACUGUGACCACCACACCUUCAAUUUCCUUGUUGAAGAUGGUUAUGCUUACUGUGUUGUUGCUAAGGAAUCUGUUAGCAAGCAGAUCUCUAUUGCUUUCCUUGAACGUGUCAAGGCUGAUUUUAAGAAAAGAUAUGGGGGUGGAAAAGCAGAUACAGCCAUUGCCAAGAGUCUGAACAAGGAGUUUGGACCAGUUAUGAAGGAGCACAUGAAGUAUAUCAUCAAUCAUGCUGAAGAGAUUGUAAAGCUAAUAAAAGUGAAGGCUCAAGUUUCAGAAGUUAAAAGUAUUAUGUUAGAAAAUAUAGACAAGGCCCUUGAUAGAGGAGAAAAUCUAACUAUUCUUGCGGAUAAGACGGAGGCAUUGCGUUCACAUGCUCAAGAUUUCAGAAAGCAAGGAACACAAGUUCGUCGGAAGAUGUGGUAUCAGAACAUGAAAAUUAAAUUGGUUGUUCUGGGAAUAUUGUUGGUUUUGGUCUUGGUUAUCUGGCUUUCUAUUUGUGGUGGAUUUGAUUGUACAAACUGGCAGUAAUUGAAAGUUUCCAGAUAGUUUUUUUUUAAAAUGAUUAAUGAUGUAUAAGGGAACAAUUUAGCAAGACAAUCAACUGAGAAGGGGGAGUUUGGCAAUUGGAAAAAAAAUUCUCACCUUCUUUGGUGGUUGAUAAUGACAUAUAUGUUCUUGGAAAUUCUUGAAUAGAGGGAGAGGAGAAUGCAUGUGUGGCUGUGUACCAUGUGGCACACACAAAAAAAAUGUAUGAACUUAAUUUCUGUGAGUUUUGAACAACUUAUUUGAUAUUUACUCUCCAA